CUACAAAACACACCACACAAAAAAAAAAAAAAAAGUGCAAGUGAAAUGGAGAAAAAGACUGCCUUAGAUGAUGAAAUUGAAGAAGGUGAAAUAGUUGAAGAAUCAAAUGAUAAUUCAACAUCAUAUUUAAGCAAAGAAAUAACAACACCACCAAAGAAGCAUCCACUAGAACAUUCAUGGACAUUUUGGUUUGAUAAUCCAAUGGCUAAAUCAAGACAAGCUGCUUGGGGUAUUUCACUUCGUAAGGUUUACACUUUUUCUACUGUUGAAGACUUUUGGGGUGCCUACAAUAAUAUCAACCACCCAAGCAAGUUAGUUGUGGGAGCAGACUUAAUUUGUUUUAAGCAUAAAAUUGAGCCAAAGUGGGAAGAUCCUGUAUGUGCCAAUGGAGGGACGUGGAAAAUGAGUUUUACUAAGGGUAAAUCUGAUACCAGCUGGCUAUACACGCUGCUGGCGAUGAUUGGACAUCAAUUCGAUCAUGGAGAUGAAAUCUGUGGAGCUGUAGUUAGCGUCCGUGGUAAGGGAGAAAAAAUAUCUUUGUGGACCAAGAAUGCUGCAAAUGAAACAGCUCAGGUUAGCAUUGGUAAGCAAUGGAAGCAGUUUCUAGAUUACAGCGAUUCGAUUGGCUUCAUAUUUCAUGAUGAUGCAACGAAGCUCGACAAACAGGCCAAGAAUCGUUACACAGUAUAGUUCUUGAUGCAAUGUGGGAAUGUGAGAAACAUUUGCACUGGAAAGUUUAGGUUGAAGUACGAGCGUGUGAUUGUGUAGUUAUGUACUGGAAAGUCAGGUUGAAGUACGAGGUUGAACUAGAUUUUCUUCACAAAUUAUAUAAUGGUUGAAUUGUUUGAUGUGUUGGGAUGUGAUUGUGUAGUUAUGUCUAAAGAAAAAUUGCAAAUACCAAA